AUGCGCCGUUAUUCUGCCACCGCCGGACCGACCCUUGUCAGGUCCGUGUAUGUCUUUGGGUACGGUGACAAACAAUCCAACAAGUUUUGCACCUCGCAAGCCCUCGGCGGCCAUCAGAUCGCGCACAAGCGGGAGAUAGACGCCACCAAGAGAUUGCUGACGACCGCCGGCGGAUUCUCCCGCCAUCCGUCCGCCGCCGCCUUCGAUAUUGACGGGAGCCCUGCUCCAUCAUUGGCUCGAAGAGUCCUGGACGAGGAUGAAAUGGAAUCUGAGGGUGAGGCAGGACCCGAGGAUGAGGAUACCGAGGAGGAUACCGAGGAGGACCCCACUAAGCAUCCCGACGAAGAGUACCCCGAGAUCCUAGUCAUCUAG